GGGAGGCACUCGGACGCCAAGUCAACCAGGAAACCGAAGGUUGUUGGUGCAGGUCCCCGCUCGUAGUUCGCAGCCGGGCGGCGUUAUUUGGGAGUUUAAUCGCCGGUAUUAUUAGUUAUUCUCUAAAGCGAGGCGCCAUGGCUUCCCUGUUCAAGAAGAAGACGGUGGACGACAUUAUUAGGGAGCAGUCUAAAGAGCUGCGUGGCACUCAGAGACAGAUCACCAGGGACCGAGCAGCACUGGAGAAACAAGAGAAGCAAAUGGAAGCAGAGAUUAAGAAGAUGGCUAAGAGUGGUAACCGGGAGGCCUGUAAGAUCUUGGCCAAGCAGUUGGUCCAACUAAGGAAGCAGAAAAACCGGACAUAUGCCGUCAGCUCCAAGGUUACCUCUAUGUCCACUCAGACCAAAGUCAUGAACUCUCAAAUGAAGAUGGCUGGUGCCAUGUCCACCACUGCCAAGACAAUGCAAGCGGUGAAUAAGAAGAUGGAUCCCCAGAAGACCCUGAAGACCAUGCAAGACUUCCAGAAGGAGAACAUGAAGAUGGGCAUGACUGAGGAGAUGAUUAACGACACGCUGGAUGAUAUCUUCGACGAGUCUGGGGAUGAAGAAGAGUCUCAGGACAUUGUCAACCAGGUGCUGGAUGAGAUCGGCAUUGAAAUCUCCGGAAAGAUGGUAAGAGCGCCAGCAGCAGGAAAGGGUGUCCCCAGCGCCGCCUCUCCCAAACAGGCCACCAUCUCAGAUGACGAGAUUGAGAGACAGCUCCGAGCCCUGGGAGUGGACUAAUACAGACACACACCACACACACAUACACACACACACACACACACACACACAGCAGCAGAUUGCCUUAGACAUGGGAAAGGAACAGCUGAUCUGUUCCAUGGAAGUGAUGGAUCAGUAUCAUCAGCCUGGACCAGAAUACUAAAAAAAAAAAAAAAAUCCUGCUUCCCCGACACGCCAUUAUUUCUGUCUUCUGAAGGGCUAGAGUUGUGACUUAACAACCUUUCUGAAAUGUUUGGUAAGAAACGUGUUACUCAUAUAAUGUCGCUGUCUUCACGUGGGACUGAUGACACGUUGUUCAGAAACUUGUCGGGGGUAGAAUGGUAAUUGUUUAGCUGUGAGCCUAAUGACAUUUGCCAAGACAGCCCAGAUUAACUUUGAACCCAAAUAUUGCCCAAACCUUUGACACAUUCUACUUACCCGGUGUCUUGGUUGGCAGACCAGAUGUGAAAUUGUGUAAAAUAUUUCCGAUUCUCUCCUUUAGUUUAUAUUAUUAUUGGUUUUCCAUUGGUGUCUAUCGGUGCGGAGCCUUUAUCUCAUGCUUUUAACCAAGAAUGUAGAAUGAUUAUUCUUGUAUCUGAUUAUUCUUAUGUCCUUAGGUACGUUACUAUAGCCCUCGGGGAUAAAGACUCUGACAAGCAUAUGUAGUGUCAUAUCUGACUGCUUUGGUAAGGCCUUGACUCAUACUUCCAACGUUAUGCAUGAGUAUCCAUGGUUAUGAAGGCAAGAGGAAAGCGGGUAGCGUUUGAUCGGAACCCGUGUUGCUUUUUUUUUUAAUGUUAUACAGUCUGUGCAUGUGUGAACCUAACUGAGCACUACUAACUCCUGAAUACACUGACUGGACGGCUGUAAUUCUGGGUUUUGGUUUGGUGGGCGACAUCCGCGGGACAUGGGGAUGGACAGCCAUUGCAGGAUGGCGUCGGUCACCCUUCAGAAGCUGCGGUUACAGUCAUUUGGUAUUUAAGGCUGCCUUGCGUGCAAGCAAACACGCGUCACGGUGAUGGUGAUAUAUUAACACUGUGAUAUCGGGGAUGCUGCCUCUCAUCACAGAGUCGUGCCGGAGCUAACACUCCUGCACCGUCAUUCCUCAGAAAUCCUUCUGUCGGGCUAUUAGGGAUGAAGGAAGUACACGGUCAUACUAUCUUCCUCUCAGAUUUUGUCUGUUUAUUGUCCAAAUAGGAAAGUUGUGAGGGACUUCAAUGGCUCUGACAUGUACAACGCAUUACGAUUCAUCUUGUACAUUAUAAAUCAUCCAUCUGAUAUGAUGAAACCACCUCUAGUGUGAUUGCGACUGGAAACUAUUUUAUGCAAUUUUGGACAAAAUUUGACUUCGGGUCAUAUUUUUCGUGCAAUUUCUGCUUAGGAAAUAAAGUUUGUCCCAUACUUUUUAAAAGUUGUAUUUAAACUGCUGUAUGUAUCUCACGUUGUUGUACAGUGACUCUGUAAAGGGUCGUUGGCUUUUAUAAAGAAUAAAGUUGCUUCAG